UGAACCGGAAGUACUUUUUAAAUGUAUGGUCUCCUUAAUGCUGACAUAGCCAUAUGAAGCAGUGAUAGAUCCGUGUAAUGUGCUCAGGGUGUAAUCUCUAAUAGAAAAUAUACUAUUUAUUUCUGCGGGCCGGCAAGAGGGACACUGCCACCAUGAGUACCAUGUUUGCAGACACGAUCCUGAUCGUGUUCAUCUCUGUUUGUACAGCUCUGUUAGCCGAAGGAAUUACCUGGGUUUUAGUGUAUCGGACUGAAAAGUACAAGAGGCUAAAGGCUGAGGUGGAAAAACAAAGCAAAAAACUUGAGAAGAAGAAGGAGACCAUCACAGAAUCUGCAGGACGUCAGCAGAAGAAGAAAAUCGAGAGACAGGAAGAGAAACUGAAGAACAACAACAGAGACUUGUCUAUGGUGCGCAUGAAGUCCAUGUUUGCCAUAGGCUUCUGCUUUACAGCUUUGAUGGGCAUGUUCAACUCCAUCUUUGAUGGAAGAGUUGUAGCCAAACUGCCAUUUGUGCCGCUGUCCUACAUCCAAGGACUGUCACACCGCAACCUGCUGGGCGAGGAUUACACUGAUUGCUCCUUUAUCUUCUUAUAUAUCCUCUGCACCAUGUCCAUCAGACAGAACAUUCAGAAGAUGCUCGGUCUCGCACCCUCCAGAGCUGCAACGAAACAGGCUGGAGGAUUCCUGGGACCCCCUCCCCAAGCAGCUAAGUUUUCCUAAUCAGCAGGCGGGUUCGACAGUGCUGUUCCCACACCCGGACUGUGUGCAGUCAUGGAUCCCGCAUCAGAGCACAGACACAACUCUUCCUGCAGCGCCAGAGCAAACGUAUUAUCCUGUUGCAGCUACACUACCUUCUGUUGGAUUGUGUUUUUGUUAUUUAACUUUGACCCUCUCACUUAGAAAUUAGAGAAAAAAAAAGUUGUUCUUAAUUAUGUUGAUUACCAAAGGAUACAAAUGUCUCCCCCGUAUGCAGCACAUGCCAUACAUUGUUUUGGGAUUUUAAUGAUUAACUACCACAAUCUCAUCUGAUCUUUUUGUCAGUAUUAGUGUAUGUAUCUUCAUUUCUUACAUAUUAAUAAAGUUUUAUGAAUACA